AUUCCUGUUUCAUCACCGAGCAUACUACUGUAUACUUCGUCUAUGUGGUUAUCGCAAUGAAGCGCGGCGCUUAGUCAUCAAUGAUAGUUAUGAGGAUGCAAAAAUCUGGACGAAAGCUUCAAGCGAAGAUCCAGGCAUUGGCAGCUUAAUAACUAGAUCGAUCCUCUCUAGGUCAUAAUCGGCAAUUGCAUCGCCCGAGACUCAUUGCAUUCAACUUUUACCAAUUUUAGUCUGCGAUUGGAACAGCCAGUUUCUUCUUUUCCACAAUCUGAAUCUAGACUAUAAGAUACCCCACCUCGUUGACAGAGAGUUGCCGGGAUUCGGGAAACCAUCGUCUACUGCUCCCGACUUUGCUACUACAAGAUCCACAUCAAGAUAAAGGUCGAUAUUGGCCUCUGGUUGUGGAUAGCUACAUCGUUAAAAAUUCCGCUGCGUCAUGACGUCCACGUUCAGCUUUGGGUUUGCGGGGGACGAUAUUGAUAUCGAUAUCGAUGAAACAGAGGUCAAUGAGAUCAACGAGACGAACAAUGGCCAGAGUCUCAAUGCUGGAGCUGCGCUGCCGGAGCUUAUUGCAGCUAGAAAGCAUGAUAUGGCGGAGUGGGUUCCGAGUCUCCCCUCGCAAAUCUCAUUCAACAAGCUCAAGCUUGCACACGACGCUUCCCAGGAUGAAAACACCGGGAAACCAAUCACGCUUGCUCGUCGGGAAGUGUUCGACAUCCGGACUCAACUGAUGGCCGAAGACACUCCCGACGAGGACAACGAGGAGUUGAUUGCUGGUCUCGAAAAGGGCGACAUCAAACCCAAUUUCUAUGAAGGCGGAUUCAAGACGUGGGAAUGCGCCGUGGACUUAGCCAGACUGCUUGUCGACACUGACGACGUAUCCAAGCCCACCCAAGACCGACACAUCAUUGAGCUCGGGGCAGGCACCGCCGUGCCCUCACUAGCGCUCUUCGCACAACUACUGUCAGAGCCAUCAUCAUCAACCACUCAACGGAAGACCCAUUUCACAUUCGCGGACUACAACUCCGCCGUUCUUCGUCUCGUCACGUUCCCCAACCUCCUACUGACCUGGAAUUACACCAUCUCACAUAAGCAAGCCUCCGAUUCGCCAGAGGAUGGUGGCCCAGAGGCAGAGGAAGAAGAGCUCGAUAUCACGCCUGAGCUGGUGCAAAGCUUCCGGGACGAUAUCGCCAAUCGAGGCAUCACGGUGGAUUUUAUCUCCGGUGCCUGGUCGCCCGCUUUUGUGGACUUGGUGUUUGCGUCCGACCAGAAGGGAAGAGGAAGCGUCUUGAUCCUUGCUAGUGAGACGAUCUACUCGCCUGCUUCGCUGUUGGCGUUCUCUGAGACGUUGCUUGCCUUGCUGCGUCGGACGGCGCAGGAGGGGGUUCAAAGUGGGGCAUUGUUGGCGGCGAAGAAGGUCUACUUCGGUGUUGGGGGUGGUGUGGAUGAGUUCCUUGCUGUGCUGGGAGGUGUUAGUGGUAGUGAGGAACUCAAGGUGGAGGAGCGACUGGAUAUCAAGUCUGAGGGCGUUGGGAGGGUGGUCUUGCAGAUUGCUCUCAAGCAAUAACGGGAGCUUAGAUAAACAUGCAAUCUUAUUGAUUCAGCGGGUGAUGCGAUCGAUAGGGCCAAAACCGACCUACAGUACUCUGUGUCGGUUUCACUCAGAGAGUCUUGCGAUUCUUGGAUGCUUGCUAGAUUUAUAAGGAUAGAAGAUGCGGCAGAUGACACUGAUGAAACGGGAAAAAAAAGAACCUUGAACUCUGCCCGGUUAUAUGUACAACAAACAAGUCCUGCUUCCUAUGUCUAUUACCGACAUAUUCAUAACAAAAACAAUGGAACAAAUUUUGUUUGUCUACUCAUAAAGAGACACAACCUUGCCGUCCUUCAUGCGAGCUACACGGGCCUCCUCAAGCUCCUGAUUCUGACGCUGGUAGUGAGCGACAACAUGGCUCAGAUCCGCGUUCUGGCCCGGGGAGACAUUGUAGGGGGGCACGGCAUUGAAGCUGACCCUAUAAGCAGAAAAUCCGGUUAGUGCAUACCAUUCGAUCCUGAAGAUG